AUGUGGGAGAGCAGUCCCGAAGAUCCCCGAUAUAACUUCGACGAUAUGACAUUAGCACCAGUACCACCCACCCCUGGGAUUCAUCUACUAAGUUCCUACUCCGACGACAUUUGUGGACUUACAAGCCCAAAGGCCAAGUAUGUCAUGAAACUUCCAGUGCUCUAUCCGUCCGGCGGCAUCAACGAAGAAUACAAAGUUAUCAUCUCAAGGCGCCUGCACGACGAACUGGGAAAGACCUAUAUGAUAGAACAUAAUCCGGUGCACGAGAAACGUCGCUAUGUCGCUUGGUUCGGUUUUGACUUGGAUGACUUUGGAAAAAUCGUCGACGGGGAGACAUUUUUCCACAUGCUAGAAACUGCACUUUCAUCUGAGAAAUUCUUCGUGCAGGAUAGUGUACCGCUAGGUGGACCUGAUUUUCCUAAACGUGCAUUAUGGAUGUCGAUGUAUGGAUAUUUCGGGAAUUGGUACAAGCCAGAAGAAAGGAAAUGGGCAAUCACGGCUUUAAAAAGGCACACGCGCCUCCUUAGGAAGCUUUGCGAGCGAGGAGAUAUCGAACUUGUGCCCGAGUACCUCGCAGAUGAGGCACAUGACAACUCCGGACUUGAAUAA